AUGCUUGUGCAAUUGCUGGAAAACGUGGUGGGUUUUGUCUUUCUACUGAAUAUAUUAAUGCUAACAUUCCAAUGCGCAAAUGGUCAUGAAUGGACUACAUUUCUUAACAAUAUCAAGAAUGCUAAUAGGCCUUGUACACUUGAAGAUGCCAAACAAUUGGCUUAUAAUAGAAAGGAAGCUUGUCUUUCUGAAUAUUAUAUUAAUAAUCAUUCAGCUUUAUUAUGGAUGUGUGAUAAAAAACAUAGAUGGUUUGCUACUUUUGAUAAUGUUAAACAUUUAAACUCAUGGUGCCCAUUCUGCCCGAAAUAUAAAAGAGAAAAGCUAUGUCAUGAGAUUUUAACAAAAUAUCUUGGCCCUCCUUCACUAAUCCGCAAACCUAAUUUUCUCAAAACACCAGAAUGUUCCACAGGAUUAGAACUUGAUAUUUAUUACCCAGAAUAUGGCUUUGCAAUCAAAGUACAAGGCGUACAACACGAAAAAUAUAUCAAAUUCUUCCAUAAUGGCGAUCCCAAUAAUUUUAUCAAACAGCAAGUACGGGAUCAACUCAAGAAAGAAUUAUGCGAAGAGAAUCAGAUUACCUUGAGGUAUGUUUGGUAUUACGAAGACCCACAUAUAGUUAUUCCUGAACAUCUUCGAGAAUUGGGUCUCAUUGAAUAA